AUGUCAUUCGAUUCCUCUUCCCCACUAUUGAAUACCUCGGAUCCCAACGCCCGCGUCUUUAGCUCCUCAUGUUUCGACUUCCUUCUCAUAGAACUGGUGCCUAUGGCCGAGCGUAUGGCACGGGAUCUAGCGACAGAGGGCAAAGAUACUGAAGAUGAAGAAGUAAGAGAGACGACGUUCUUCCGUCUGGAGUCUUUGGGGUAUCGUGUGGGACAAGGCCUUGCGGAACGAUUCUCUCGAGACCGGCCUCGUUUUACCGAUAAUCUCGAUGUGAUCAAGUUCCUCUGCAAGGACCUGUGGACAGUCCUAUUUAAGAAGCAGGUGGACAAUUUGAAAACGAACCAUCGGCGCGUUCCGGCCUUUUGGGAGGAUGAGUAUGGCAGUCCGGAGCGAUGCGACAUCUAUGGCGCAAGCAGCCUAAUAGCUUACGAAUUGACCAAGUACCUCUGGUUUCCCUGUGGUGUCAUUCGGGGCGCGUUGGCCAAUUUGGGCAUCAACACAACCGUGCAGGCCGAGACAUCAGAUCUGCCAGGUGCGACUUUCCAGAUCAAAACUCUCCAGUCCCGGCCUUGA